AAGUCCUAAACACUCCUCAAACAAUUUUCCUCUUCAACUCAGAGCUAUAUAUACAUAAUUGUUACUUCCAUAUAUAUAUAUAUAUAUAUAUGGCUGCUCUUGCAAGUUCAUUGUCAUCAUUAAGAGGUUCGAAGAUCAAAUCCAUGCAACGAUGCUCGAAGCAAGUUAGAGAGCAGAGGGCAAGACUUUACAUUAUCUGGAGAUGUACAGUUCUACUUCUCUGUUGGCACGACUAGAAAUCGGGUCAAUCACUAGUGGAAGAGCCAUGAUUUACCUAGCAAUAUAGUAUAAUUUUCCGGCAAAGGGGUGUCGUAACUCCGCCACUGUCUAUGACAAUGGUUCCAAAAUCGUUGCAAUAGAUAGGAAAACCGCUGCAAUAAGCCUAAUUGUUAGUAGUGUGCAUGAUUAAGUUCUCGUGAUGAGGAUUUCAGUAUGGAGUUCGAGGUACCAAAAUACUCAGAUGAUUCAGAGUGAGGAUCCAAUUUAUAGCUUUUUGAGGGGUGGUAUAGCCCUGACUUUUGUGUAGGAGUAGAGACUAAAUUACAUGUACAAUGUAAAAUAUAUACCAAAAGCCUAUGAGUGAAUAAUACUCGAGGAAACUUUUCUUAUUUUAAAUUGACAAGUAGCUUUUUUCCCUA